AUGGAGCUCUUGAAAUCAGCAGCAACGUUUCUUUCAAAGGGAUCUAAUGAUUUCGGAUAUAAUUUUGAAGAGAAAAUUGAUUUACCAGCAGAUAGUUUUUGGCAACUUUAUAAUGGGACACGAAAGGAAGACGGAAUGGAAUGCAGUUUAUUUGUCUUUGAAUCAGCGUCUUUUCCCGGGAAAUGGGACUUGGCACAUAAUGCGUUAUUGAAAUUGCGUGGACUUCGACAUCCACAUAUUAUUCAGUAUUUAAGCAGUAAAGAAAUUGAAGGAAACUCUAUUACAAUUGCUACAGAAAGAGUUACACCGUUGAUCCGGGACAUUAAAAGAAAGAUUAUUAGUGAGGAGGUGCUUGUAUGGGGCCUUUACCAAGUAUCUAUUGCUAUUAAUUUUAUCAAUGAAAAUGCACAAUCUAUCCAUGGAAAUCUUCGAUUGUCCUCAGUAUUUGUUAAUGAAAGUGGCGAAUGGAAAGUGUUUGGUCUGGAACUAUUCAGUCCAAUUAAAGAGGACAAUACUAUUUUAUAUACAUAUGGUGGGUGUAUUCUUGAUUCAUCUAAAUAUAUGCCGCCGGAAAUUCAAGACAAAGGCUGGAAAUAUUUAAAAGGAAUAUCAUCAAAAACAGCUGUUGAUGCAUAUCAUUUAGGUUGUUUAAUAUAUGAAAUUUUUAAUGGAGCAUUUAAAACGCCAUCUGAUUUAAUUCAAAAGGGAAGAAUACCACAUAAAUUAUUUAAUACUUAUAAAAAACUUUUAAUUCCAAAUCCAACUCUUCGGUUAUCUAUUUCAAAAUUCAUUAAUUGUGGACAUAACAAUGAAGGAUUUUUUCAAACAGAGCUUAUCGAAUGUUCAGAAUUUCUGGAACAUUUUUUUGUAAAAGAUAAAGAACAAGUAAAUACAUUUUUAAGAAAAAUCAAUGAUUCUAUUGACAAAUUUCCUGAAACAUUUCUCAAGUUUAAAAUUCUUCCAAGUUUAAUUAGAUCAUAUGAAUUUAGUGGAGGAGGAGAUAAAUUAUUUUCUUUAAUUUUAAAUGUUGGAACUCUUCUUACUCAAGAUGAUUAUAAGUCUAUGAUAUCUCCGUUUAUAGUUCGUAUGUUUUCAAAUCAAAAUAGAUCAAUAAGACUUUGUCUCCUUGAAAAUUUUCCAAAUUAUAUCAACCAUAUAUCCGAUAUAAUAAUAAAUGAUAAAAUAUUUCCAAAAAUGGUAUUAAUCAUCUUUAUAACAAUAAUUAAUAUUUUUAAGCUUACAGGAUUUAAUGACAUUGUUCCGUUAGUACGUGAAGAAACUAUUAAAGCUAUAGUUACUAUAAUAUCAAAAUUAUCAGAACAUAAUAUUAAUAAUGAAUUAUUGAAAUAUUUAAUAAGAACACAUAAUGAUGAACAACCUAAAAUAAGAACAAGUACAAUUAUAUGUUUAGGAAAAAUUGGAAAACACCUUAAACCAAAUAAUUGCCGUAGGAUUUUAAUACCGGCAUUUACAAAAUCUCUUCAAGAUCCAUUUAUUUAUACGCGAAUUGCUACUUUAAUCGCUCUUAACGCAACCUGUGAUUUAUUUGAUGAAUCUGACUGUUGUUUAAAGCUAAUUCCAACUAUAUCACCAGUACUUAUAGAUGCUGAAAAAUCUGUACGAUUACAGGCAAAAAAGACUAUCGAUUUGUAUUUACAAAGAGCAUUGAAAUUAAUAUCUAUAAUUGACGAUACCUCAAAGACUGAUAAUUCUGAUUCUUUAAACACAUAUGAACCGAAAGCAACUUCCAAAACAAAUUUAUCAGUUUCAAAAAAUAAUUCAAAAGUUAAUGAUAAAUAUGAAAAUUGCUAUGAUGAUAUAUAUGAAACACGUUUUCAAAACACAUCAAAUGUUUCUUAUAUGUAUAAUGCAGAAAAUAUAACAGCUGAAAUCAAAACUAGUAAUGAUAUAGAUACAUGGAAUGAUAUUAAUACUAGUAAUAAAACAGAUGAUUUAUUAAUGCUUGGUACUGUAAAUCAAAAUGAAAAUUAUAUGAGUAACGCUAAAAAACAUACUACUUUUCAACCGAAUAAGUUAACUUCCAUAAAACUUGAAACAAAUAAAAAUACAGACAAUCAAUGGGAACAAAAUGUUUGGGAUAACUGGGACGACAGCGAUGAUGAUAAUUGGAAACUAGAUGAGUAA